CUAAUCUUCAGCAGAGAAAAUUGCAAAGCACUCAAACAUAAUCAAAGCAAAAGAACCAGGAAGAGAAAAAUGGAUUUCAGAAUCAUGGGUCUGGAUGCUCCAAUCUUAACAGCACUGCAGCAGCUGGCGGACCUCCCGGAGGAAACCGAGAAGACCUUCAACGCCCCGACCCGGACCUACGUCCGCGACGCCAAGGCCAUGGCUGCCACUCCGGCCGACGUGAAGGAGUUGCCCAAUUCCUAUGUCUUCGUCAUCGACAUGCCGGGACUCAAGUCAGGGGACAUCAAGGUGCAGGUGGAGGAUGACAAUGUGCUUCUGAUCAGCGGCGAGAGGAAGAGGGAGGAGGAGAAAGAGGGGGCUAAGUAUGUGAGGAUGGAGAGGAGGGUCGGUAAGUUUAUGAGGAAGUUUGUGCUGCCUGAGAAUGCUAAUGCUGAUACCAUUUCUGCUGUUUGCCAAGAUGGGGUUCUGACUGUGACUGUGGAGAAGCUGCCACCUCCUCAGCCGAAGAAGCCCAAGACUAUUGAGGUCAAGAUUGGUUAGAGUUUUAUGUGUAAUGUGGAAUGUGGCUUGUUCUCUGAAUAAUUAGAGCGAUGGGUAUGAGUGAAAUGUAGUGUGAUCGGUACCAGUGUGCUUUCUUAUGCGUUUCAGUUCUUGUGUUUUGAAUUUGCGGUUUCAUUGCUACUGUUUCCCAAUCGAUGUGUAUGUCUAGUAUGAAGCAAUAUAUUGGCAGUUCCAUCA